AUGACCCUUGCUGCCUACAAGGAGAAGAUGAAGGAGCUCCCGCUGGUGUCCCUGUUCUGCUCCUGCUUCCUGGCCGACCCCCUGAACAAGUCAUCCUACAAAUACGAAGGCUGGUGUGGGAGACAGUGUAGGAGAAAAGAUCAAAGCCAGCGGGAAGACAGUGCUGACUGGAGAGAAAGAAGAGAGCAGGCGGACACGGUGGACCUGAACUGGUGUGUGAUCUCUGACAUGGAAGUCAUCGAGCUGAAUAAAUGCACCUCAGGCCAGUCCUUUGAAGUCAUCCUGAAGCCGCCCUCCUUCGAUGGGGUGCCCGAGUUCAACGCGUCCCUGCCCCGGCGGAGAGACCCGUCGCUGGAAGAGAUCCAGAAGAAACUAGAAGCAGCAGAAGAGCGAAGGAAGUACCAGGAAGCUGAGCUCCUGAAGCACCUCGCGGAGAAGCGGGAACACGAGCGGGAGGUGAUCCAAAAAGCCAUUGAGGAAAACAAUAACUUCAUCAAGAUGGCUAAAGAAAAGCUGGCCCAGAAGAUGGAAUCCAAUAAGGAGAACCGAGAGGCCCACCUUGCUGCCAUGUUGGAACGGCUGCAAGAGAAGGACAAGCACGCGGAAGAGGUGCGGAAAAACAAGGAGCUGAAGGAAGAGGCCUCCAGGUAA